GGAAGUAAAGGAAUGACUCGUCGCCUGUAAACGAUCGAUGGUUUUUUCGUAGUUUAGACCAUUCUAGGUGUUGACCCUCACAAUGGCCGAAUGUGGACGCCCUCCAGAACUGGACUUACACUUACUGGAAUGUCCUAUCUGUCUGGAGCGACUUAAGAAACCUAAGUCCUUACCCUGUCUCCACUGCUUCUGUCAGGAAUGUCUCGGGACCUACAUCACCAAGGAGUUGUCUGGGAAAAUGGCGUCAGAAACAUCAUUCCCUUGCCCUGUCUGUAGGAGGGUGACCCCGCCUGUCAAUCCUGCGGAAUCUAAGGACAAAUGGGCAGAACAGUUCCCUACUAACGCUGUGAUCCAGGACCUCAUUCAGCUCAAGGAACGAUCGUCUGAACCACUGUACUGCAAACCCUGUCAGACAAAAGGUAACAUGACGAAUCCCGCGAAAUUCUGGUGCAAGGACAUGGCAGUGAACUUUUGCGAUGAUUGUAAGGUGCAACACCACGAUAUUUUGCACAAUGAAUGUGGUAUCUUAGACAUCAGUGGAUAUAGUAAUAACCGGACGAAUCUGGAAAAGUCAGUCCCUCGAUGUGACCAACACGAUGAGAAGAAGGUUUGGUAUUGUGAGGACCAUCAACUCUUAGGAUGCAAUAUAUGUGUAUUGGAAAACCACAGACGUUGUGAAGUAGUGACAACAGCUUUGAAGUAUUUUCAGAAAUUAAAAGAUGGAUCACAGAUGACAGACAUGCAGGGCGUGUUGAAGAAAAACACGGAAGUUUUCGAGUUAAUAGUGAAGGACUUUGACGAGCAACUUCAAACUCUGGUACAGAACCAGGAAAUCGCACUACAGAGUAUCACCGAUCUGCGUGAAAAGGUCGAUAAACGGCUAAACACGCUACAGAAGGACGUCACAGACAAGUUGAUCGCGUCGUUCAAAGAAGAGAAGAUAAACAUGGAGGCGUCUUUACGGCAGUGUGAACGUCUGAUGAAUAGUAUGUUAAAUACCAUGAAGUCGUCCGUUACCGCCGUAGAGGGAAAUGACCACAUUGAGACGAUAGUGUUGUACCAGCGAGGACAGACAGAGGUGGAGUCGUGUAAGACCAUGAUAACGGAUAUGCGAAAGUCGUACACGUCCGUCAGCAUUAAACAUCAUAUUGUUAGUGGACGCGGUAAUCUUGAUGAUGACGCAAUGGGAAAGAUCAUCAUCGAGAAACAACCACGACGUUUCCCUGGCAAUCAUUGUGAUCUAGUACCACACUUGUUUGAAAGCAAAGUGAAGGAAAUCGGAAAGUUCAACAUAAAGACUCAAGUAGAUAAAAACAAUUGCUGUGCCCGUGGUGUUUUGUACCUCCCAUGUGAUCAAAUAGUGGUAAGUGAUGACAACAACAAGAAGCUGAAGCUGUUUACAAACAAAGGACAGUUCCUGGACGAGUUGUCCAUUCGAGGAAAUCCCAGUGAUCUGUGUCUGGUGGACAACAACACUGUGGCGGUCGCUGUCUACAGUUCUUAUGGUGUACGUGUCGUGAAAGUCAAGGCAUCAAAACUCUCCUUGUCGUCUGAUAUCCGGUUGUCAAAUGGUAUUAAUUACUAUGGUAUUACACAUACAGACGGGAGGUUUAUCGUGGGUACACACGGAGGAGGAGUAUACAGUGUAACACAUGACGGUGUGACUGACUUGUUACAUCAGUAUGACGGCACAUGUUGGUCACUCACACAUGACCCAGUAAAAGGACACACACUCGUCAGUGUCUAUAAAUACAACUCGGGAGACGUCACGGUGUCAAGACUGUCGGCUGAUAAACGGCACGCGGACGUGAUGAAGGUCGGAGUCAUGAAAGGUGCCAUGGGAAUAGACGUGGAUAGGAAGGGAAACAUCUACGUGUGUGGUAAUAGUUCACACAACGUCGUACAGAUGUCUGGGGACGGAACACACGUCAGGGAACUGCUAACGUCAUCUGACGGAAUUUCACAUCCUCUUGCAAUAUCUGUAAAUGGUGACAAUUUUGUAGUCACUAGUCACAAUGACAACUACUUCCGGGUCUUUCGGCUCUAUUAAUGUGUAUUGCAACAGAAGUACGAGCGAACUGAUCACGUGAAAUGUAUAUUCAUCGUAACAUAGGAAGUUAACACAAUGUAAGCUAUUGUGGUACAAAAUAAAACAAUAGGCCUGAUA